UGGCCACACAGAUGCAUAUCUGUAAAUUGAUCUAAUAAAUAAAUACUGACACAUGGAAGGUUUUAUCUGCGCAGAUAACAAGAACUACAAGGGAUGGGAAAACCAGGCAGAGUGAACCAAACCACUGUUUCAGACUUCCUCCUUCUAGGACUCUCUGAGCGGCCAGAGGAGCAGCCUCUUCUGUUUGGCAUCUUCCUUGGCAUGUACCUAGUCACCAUGGUGGGAAACCUGCUCAUCAUCCUGGCCAUCAGCUCUGACCCACACCUUCAUACUCCCAUGUACUUCUUUCUGGCCAACCUAUCAUUAACUGAUGCCUGUUUCACUACUGCCUCAAUCCCCAAAAUGCUGGCCAACAUUCAUACUCAGAGUCAGACCAUCUCCUAUUCUGGGUGUCUUACACAGCUAUAUUUCCUCCUUAUGUUUGGUGGCCUUGACAACUGCCUGCUGGCUGUGAUGGCAUAUGACCGCUAUGUGGCCAUCUGCCAGCCACUCCAUUAUAGCACAGCUGUGAGUCCCCAGCUCUGUGCACUAAUGCUGGGUGUGUGCUGGGUGCUAUCCAACUGUCCUGCCCUGAUGCACACACUGCUGCUGACCCGCGUGGGUUUCUGUGCCCAGAGGGCCAUCCCCCAUUUCUACUGUGAUCCCAGUGCUCUCCUGAAGCUUGCCUGUACAGAUACCCAUGUAAACGAGCUGAUGAUCAUCACCAUGGGCUUGCUGUUCCUCACUGUUCCCCUCCUGCUGAUCAUCUUCUCCUAUGUCUGCAUUUCCUGGGCUGUGUUUGGCAUCUCAUCUCCUGGAGGGCGAUGGAAGGCCUUCUCUACCUGUGGCUCUCAUCUCACAGUGGUUCUGCUUUUCUACGGGUCUCUUAUGGGUGUGUAUUUACUUCCUCCAUCAACUUACUCUACAGAGAGGACAAGAAGGGCUGCUGUUCUCUACAUGGUGAUUAUUCCCAUGCUAAACCCAUUCAUUUAUAGCUUAAGGAACAGAGACAUGAAGGAGGCUUUGUGUAAACUUUUUGGCAGUGGGAAGACAUUACUUUCAUGAUUAGAUACCUAGAUGGUGAUGUCUAAUCUUGAUCAACCCCUACCUG